AUGGUUUUGUUCAAAAAGCGCCAGUCGGUCGAUCAGUCGACUCUUGGGCCGACGUCGACUGGUGGAGGAUCGACUACUGGGCAUAAUGGUGGACGUGGCCAGCUUCCCAUGUUGCAGUUCCCGGACAGCAUCCGCUAUAACAUCCUCUGUGUCUUCGGAGAGUUCGUCGGCACUUUCCUGUUCCUGUUCUUCUCCUUCGCUGGAACCCAGGUGUCCAUGACGCCCAAGCCUCCGGAUGGAUCUCCACCCAACACAUCGAAUCUGCUGUACUCUUCCUUGGCCUUUGGCUUCUCGUUGACGGUCAACGUUUGGGCAUUUUUCCGUUUCACAGGCGGGCUCUUCAACCCGGCGGUAUGGAACGAAUUGAUCUUAGUUUUUAUAAUCCUCAGGCUAACAAUAACAGGUCACCCUCGCACUCUGUGUGACUGGCGGAAUGCCCCCCUUCGCGGCCUCUUUGUGUUCCCCGCGCAACUUGUCGGUGGCAUUGCCGCUGCGGGUGUAGUGAGCUGCCUGUUUCCAGGACCUGCCAACUUCGGUACUCGACUUGGUGGCGGUACCUCCAUCUCGCAGGGUCUAUUCAUUGAAAUGUUCCUGACCGCACAGCUUGUUUUGGUCAUAAUCAUGCUGGCUGUGGUCAAGCACAAGUCGACCUUUCUGGCUCCCGUGGGAAUUGGCCUCGCCUUCUUUGUGUGUGAGAUGGUCGGUGAUUACUACACUGGUGGCUCCCUGAACCCGGCACGAUCCUUGGGCCCCGACGUCAUCAACCGCUCGUUCCCGGGAUAUCAUUGGAUCUACUGGGUCGGUCCGCUGCUUGGCUCCCUUCUUGCCUCAGGAUUCUAUAAACUGCUUGUCUUUGUCCGUUGGCAAAACAUCAAUCCUGCUCAGGACUUAGAGGAAUGGGAAGCCAAGCUAAGGAAGGGGUCAACAGCUCCUUCCGAGCAUACUGUCACAGAUCAGGGUCAUGGACAGGACCAGCGCCAGUUUUACGCUGAUGUCCCCCGUUCCAAUGGUGGCAAUGAAGUCCCCCAUCCUAAUAGUGGCAAUGAAGUCAGUGGAGCUCAAAUGCGCCGCGAGUUGCCCCCCGAUGAGCAGGUUUAA